GGGCGGAUGAUUAUUCACGAUUCCUAAUUGCUUAAUUCCUAUGCCCAUGCGCCGAUUCUUGUCUUUGCUUCAUGACGCCAACGCAGCUUCCUUCACGCGCCCACAUCAUCACCUCAACGACCUCUGCGUUCUGCUCGGUCGAUACACCCCACGCUCCUUUUCUUGACCCGUGCUACAUCUACUAGCAAGAUGGCCGUCGGCGCUCUUAGCAUUCACAAGCCUCAGACUUGGAUCUCGGCUUGGUUUGUCUUCUCCUCCCUUCUGGUCAUCUGGGAUACUGGAUACAUCUUCAGUCGUCCGCACAGCUUCAAAGAUGGAUUUCUCUUUCCUAUCUGGGCGGCCUACGGAAAGUACGAAGGCGUCGAUUUGAUUUAUUCCCGAAAAGCUUGGGAGGACAAGCUUGGAUUCACAGCUGCGCAAGCUUCCCUCAAUGUGGUGGAGACCAUUCUCAACUUCACCUAUCUUGGUCUUGCGCACUUCGCGGAGCCGCGCUAUCUGGCUGUAUCGCCUCUAGUUGGCUUCACCGCUGUGGUCAUGACCUGGAGCAAGACUGCUCUCUAUUGGCUGCAGGACUAUCUGGGAGGACCAAAAGGCUGGACAUACACAGGCCACAACUCCACCUUCGAUUGGUGGAUUCUAUUUGCCCUGCCAAAUGGCUUGUGGCUCAUAUUCCCAAUCAUCAUCGCUGCUUUCUUUGGGCUUGAGAUUGCUGAAAAUCUGCGCUCCGCUGCUGGCGUUGCUGGCAAUCCGAAGGGACCCUCCGCUGGAACUCGUUCCAGAAGCAAGAGCGGCAGAAAGAGCAUCAAGAGCCAGUAAAGGGACCAAGCUGUUCGGCGGGUCCUCAUAGCCAGGAGGGGAAACCGAGCAGGUUCCCGCUACGUGAGCCGAAUGGUCAAAAGGCAGCAGAUGUGAACACGAAUUGGUACAAAGAGAUACUCGAGUUAUCCAGCGCCAGCGCUGGCGAUACCCUUCGAAUGGAAUGGCUUGGCAUAUC